CCAUCCCAGCGCAGCCACUGCAUCCUGCGACUCUAGUUCGUGCCGUGGGCUCUGCCGCCGCCGCUCUCCGAGGACCCGCCGCUCGCCGUCUGCGCCGACGCGCUUCUCCGUCUAGAACCGCGCCACCUCCAAGCCCCCCUACACGCCCCUCAAGGCCUCAACUGACGCCGCAUCACCGCCCAGCCCCCUUCCCGACGUCUCCCUUCAUCUGUGAAGCGGCGGCGGCCACCACCCACGCCUCCACCGCCACCGCCACCACAAGGAUUUACUACUGUAUAAGUGCAAAUUCUUGCUGGGGAUGGCAAAUGAAACUGAGAAAGAUAAACAAAUUGCUGAGGAGGAGGAGGAAGAAGAAGAGUAUGUCUUGCUAGAGUUGGAUGAUGUUCAUUAUUCCUGCAUACAACCAAAUGCCCCUUAUAUACUCUCUGGUUUGGAUACAUUGACUCCUACCUUGGUAGUAGGUGAUAGCCUGAAGAUGAUUGGAGAAUACGAAGAAACGGUUGGCACAUGCUAUUUAUAUUCAGAAAACGAUGCUCCACCAAAACCCGUUCAUGAAGAGCCGACACCUCCCAGAGAAAACAAGGACAAGCAAGGCAGAAACAUCAAGGAAGCACCACCCAAGGAGGUGAAACAUCUCGCGAGCGUUCACAAGAUCCUCAAAUUCCGGUCAACCAGCAAGGGUCAUCAGGAGCCAAGAGCAUACCGUUACAGGAACAACGAGUUUUGAAACACAAUGCUUGUAGCUGCUCCCCCCUUCUGUGAUGCUUCUAAUGCACAUCAUGCAAUCCUUUGACCCUUCAAAUGGAAUGCAAGGAUGGUAGAAGUACUUGUUAAUCUUAAUUACCCACUAGCAUCCUCUAUCUCGAGGUAUUCGUGCGAUUGUGACGCAUUCCAGUGGUUCUUAUCCUCUCUUUGUGAUUUGUCAAAUCUUGUGAAAUUGUGCAACAAUGGAGGCCUUGGCUGUCUGUAAA